CCGCGCGACCGGAUGUGUGGGACCCGCAGCCUCGCGUGGCCGCCGGCUCCGCGCAGCUGCGCGUGGCGAGCGGCGAGUCCCGGAAACAAAAGCCGCCCGCGCUUACCUGUUCCCUCCCCCCGCUCGUGUUGUAGGUGGCGGCGGCGGCGGGUCGGAGGUGCGCAUCUGCGCGCGGGAGCCCUCGUGCUGCACGCCUGAGAUGGAGCGCCGCCUGACGGUGCGCAGCCGGCGCGAGUUCGACCGCGCGCUCGCCGCGGCGCUGGCGCCGCUCGCCGAGACGCUGCGCGCGCGCGCCACUCGCUUCGACGAGUAUUUCAAAACAAUGCUGUCGACAUCGAAGCGAGACUUCCACGACAUGUUCCGGCGCACCUACGGCAUAAUCUACGAGCAGAACUCGUUCGUGUUCACCGAUCUCUUCGACGAACUGGAGCGCUAUUACCUGAAGGGGCGCGUCGACCUGGAAGAAGCGCUGGAUAACUUUUUCAGCACCCUGUACCAGAAGAUGUUUACCGUUAUCAAUGCUCAAUAUCGUUUCGACGACUCGUAUCUACGUUGCGUGGGUGAACAUAUGGCAGAGUUGAAACCAUUUGGAGAUGUACCAGCAAAACUUUCUGUGCAGCUGCGUCGUGCAUUUGUAGCAACUCGUACUUUUGCUCAGUCACUUUCAAUAGCAAGUGAUGCAGUCACCAAUAUGGCAAAGAUUCCUCCUAGUCCUGAAUGUUUACGAGCACUUACUAAGAUGUCAGGUUGUCCAACAUGCACUGGAUUGGUAGAAGUCAAAGCUUGCAAUAAUUAUUGCAUCAACGUUAUGAAAGGCUGCCUCACAUAUCAUACCCAACUAAAUAAUGAAUGGAAUGCAUUUGUAGAUGCACUAGAUCAAUUGGUAGAGAGACUGAAAGGACCUUUUAAUAUUGAAAUUGUUGUGAAUCCCAUUAACAUCAAGAUAUCGGAAGCCAUAAUGAACUUUCAAGAAAGUGGCACCGAAGUGUCACACAGAGUAUUUCAAGGUUGUGGAAAGCCUAAGUUGGGUCGUCGCAGAAGACGAGAUACCACGGAACUGGACUUUGGCCGUCAUUCACAUAGACCUGGUAAUCACAGAGACCGAGAAGAAACGGAAGAUGAGGUCACCCUAGAAACUCUGGUCAAAGACAUUAGAGUAAAGGUCAACGACACUCGCCAGUUCUGGGCAAAUCUUCCUUACCAAGUGUGCAAUGAUGAUAAAGUAGCUGCCAGUCCAGCUUUGGAUGACAGCUGUUGGAAUGGAGAAAAGAAAGCAAGAUAUGAAGUUCAAGUCAGUAAGGAGCAGAGAGCAAAUCCAGAAGUAUCUGUGGAUCCCAGUCGGGAAAGUGUGCAUCUAAAUGAGCAGCUGUAUGUACUUCGCACUUUGAUAAGUAAAUUGAAAAGUGCUUAUGUGGGGCGAGAUGUUGAGUGGAUUGACAAUGAGGACUCAACUUAUGGCUCUGGCAGUGGCUCAGGUGAUGGAGGGUCAGAUCGAAAUGACCCUGAUAAUGAUAGUGAACCAGAAGGAUCCGGCGAUGAUGACUAUCAUGACCGACGAUAUGGUGGUUAUGAUCCAUCUUCUGGUCGUCCUGACCCUAAUAGACCUCUCGAUCCACGAAAUAAUCACCCGGAUCAUCCUUCAGGUCCUGGGUCAUCAGGUGCGACUCACCCUCGCCUUUCUCCAGCAAGGGCAGUAUCUUCCUACUUGUUGCCCAUUGUGGUUGUGUGGUUUGGAGGUCUCUUCUCAGACUGGCUGUGAUUUUCUCCAAGAAUUGUGUGUUGAAGACAAACUGAUUUUGAAUGGGCUGGAUUUUCCUUGGUCUUUUCCAGCAGUUGAGAAAUGAUAUUAGCUCGCCGGAUUGUGAUCGUCUCUGAAGCAGUAGCUGUAAAUCAUGCUGCACUGAACAUUGGCUCGAGUGACAGUGUUGUGUGAUUUGUAUUAGUUAUUCAGGGACCUAUAGGAAUGGAGUGCUACCUCAAAGAACUGAGAUUCUUGGCACUGACGUAAUUUCUUUCAAAUAAAGACAUGCAAAACAAAUCUCUAUUCUAGAGAUCAGCGGCAUUGUGUAAGAGGUGCUUCAGUGUAGGAUUUGAUGCUACAAAUAUUCCAAACAGUACCUCUGUGAUGUCCUGUGUGAUAUAUUAGUCUGUGUAUGUACGUGUGCAUGUACACGUGUGCAUGUAUAUGAUUGAAUGUAACUAACACCAGUACCUUACAUAGUUCCAAAGCCUUGAGAAAGGUAUGUAGUUGAAAAUGGAAAGGCAUAACAGUACUGAAGACAGGGUAGAUGUGUACGUAAUUUUAGCCAGAAAUGUAUAUCAAAAUCAUUUCUAUCCAGAAGUUAUGUGGAGAAACAGCCCAUCAUGUUAUGUCAAGAGAUACGUAAUAACGUUAAGCAGAUAGAAGUGCAACAGUUUUGUUCAAUGUUGCUGUUUGCAAGAGCCUAUGCAGAAGAGAUUUUUCUACUCUGCCCAGAACCUGUAGCUAGGUUGAUGUUUGAUGGGAUAAAAACACCCUUGUCAAAAAAACAAAAAACAACAACAAUCUUUAUAGUCAAAAUGCCAUUGCCUUGUGGCUGAAGCUGUGCUGUUAAUGUUGUGAGCCAUGUUGGAAGUUCUUGGAUGCAGGAUUAUUCCAUUCAUGUCUUUUUACUACAAUUUUGUACAUUUGUUUAAGUAUUAUAGUGACAUGCAAAGUCACAUUGUUUGCUUUGUACACUGUACAUAGUUUGGUUCUUUAGCCUUAAUUUUAUUUGUAGUUCAGAUUCUGUGAACUUAAAAUGCACUUGUGUAUCUCUCUUCUUUUUUUUUUUUUUCUUUAAGGUUUUAAAAAUAUUAUGUAAAUACUGUCUUAUUAUUAUCCUGCUUUCAUGAAAGCAUCCAUUUUGGACAUAUUUGUGCAGCAAUAGUGAAAUUUUGCUGGUCACUAAAGCAAGAAUAUAUAUUUUGUAGAUUUUGAAGCCCUAAGUGAAUAGUCCUUAACACUGAGGCAAAACUGCCAUAAUAAAAAUAUGAGAAAUAACUACCAGUUUAAAUUAUUACAUGUAGCUGCUCAACAGUGCAGCAUCUCAAAAUGCAUUAAAGCAUUUCUAAGAAAGAAAAGAAAAUAAGCCAGAAAAGAUUUAUAAUUAUACAUUCAGUGCUAUUUUGAAACAAGUUAUGAAUUCAUAAUAAAAAGAAGUAUAUGAAAAGAUAGUUCCCUUUUUUAAGAGACUUUUGCAGGCACUGCUUGGAACAAGGUAACAUUUCAAAAUAAUGGGUGGGAAAUAUGUUGAGAGGGAGGGGAAAAUUUUGUACUUGUAGGCAUGUGAAAUAUAGUAUUAAUGUACAAACCAGAUUGAAUCUAAAGCUGCAGGGAAAUGUUAUGCUAACUAAUAUUAGUAAACAAUCAAAUAAGGAAUCAUUAAGAUGCUAAUUUAUUCUGCAGCUGCUUAGUUGUCAUAAUUAUUUUUGAUGCUGGUUUCUUUUCUAUGUUAGCAUACAACCCCAUAAAUAUAACAUUUGUGCAGGAAUUUCCUGUAUACCUGAUUUUUCAUUGUACAAUACUCAAAUCCUUUUGUGUUUUCUAUGUCAUGUAACUGUGUAAAUUAUUGAAGUUGCAGAAGUUGAAGCAGUUAAAACAAGUGAAUAUGCUGCAUGCAUUAAUUUUUUUUAAACUUUAUUGUCAUUCAUUGUAUAUUGAAAAAAAAGAAACAUGCAUACACA